AUGACAGAAUUAGCAUUGAAGCAUCUACAUCCAAAUUGGACAUAUACAUGUUCCGAUGAAGUUGAAGUGGAAGAAAUUGGUACCUUCGAAAAAAAAAGGAUAACCCACUCUAUGCCACGUGACUUGAAAGUCACAUCAGUUGUGAAGGUUAUGAAUCCAUAUUUAUGGAGCUGUUAUCAGCUGAAAAAGGCAGAAUACAUGAAUCGAUAUGGCAGUGUUAGGGAAACAACUCUGUAUCAUGCUACAAGCAAAAGUAAUAUUGACUCUAUAAUUAGGAGCAACUUGGAUUGGAGACGUUCAUGUCGAAUCAGAUUUGGUCAAGGUGUUAGUUUCAGUCCAUCACCCAGUUAUGCCAAUACAUAUUGUAACAGGAGAAAUGGCAUUUACAGAGCAAUGAUUGCUGCAACUGUACUAGUUAAUAAUACUGCAGAAGGUAACAGCUGGACUACACUGCCUCCCACAGAUAUUGAUACAACUGUUGGAAAUUCCUUGCAAGUUUAUGUUAAGUAUAGUGACAAUGAAUUUUAUCCACAAUAUGUCAUUUACUAUAAUAUUUGA